AAAGGUUGAGAUAUGUAAUCCGCACCCACCAGGGAAGACGGACAGAGCAUUGGCAGACAAAAUGACAGCCACUAGUUUCUCAUUUAUGUUUUCUGUGUGUUUUGUGACUCUUCUCAUCUGGGGAUGCACAACAGUGGUUUGUCUGGUUAAUGAAAAGUCACUGGUGGAACCUACCACAACAACAGGUUAUCACUCAACAGGGACCACAAAUGCCAAUGCUACUUUUCUAGAUCAUCCUUUGUCAUUUGCUUGUGGGAAUAAUUCUCACCGUUGUGAGAAUUUUUGCGACGUUUGUAAUUAUUAUCAAGGUGCACCAACAAUGGAUUGCCUUUCCAAACUGUUUGACUAUCUAUGUCUCUACAAUUUUGAAAUUGCAAUGAGCUCACUAAACAGCACUGGCUGGUGCCUUUGGGGCAAUGUCAGUGGAUUGUAUAGUAACCUAAGCCUUUGCACAGAGGAGAUAUCUGACUGUCUCUUGAUCCCAUGGCCCAACCCUCUGGUGGAACAGACCUUCGUGAACAUUCACACCCGGUAUUUCAAUGCUUGUCCUACAGAGGAGCUAAGCGACCCACAACCAGUCAUCGUCUUUGCGCUAGUGAUAACUCCCAUCUGCCUGAUCCCUGUCAUGGUUAGCCUAGUGGUGCUCAAGACCAAGAAUGGGGAUGGUAGCUCCUGAAAAUCCUAAUUUCCUGCGAUGCUCACAGUCACCAAGAAGACAAAAUCGUGUUUGGUUUCUGACCAAUGCUCUCCCUAUCCCAACCUGAGGACUAUAGCUUGUUUACACAUACACUGCUGAUGUGCUUUCAACUCACCAGUGACCUUACAGAGGACUUAAUCUUUCUGACAAGUGUACUUGCGCUUUACAACUUUUCUGAGAUAUCAGCCACAGAGGAAACGAGAAAAUGACACUGAUUUAGAGUGAAUGUCAUAAUCAGUGACAUCCCAAUUAUUGCAACAGUACCAGACUGUGACAGAAGUUUUGUUUUCAACCACCUGAUUUAUAUAUUGGUCACAUCCAAUUUGCACACACUAUUCAGAAAACAGAGCUUGAUUUUUAUUUGAGAACCUAGAGAAACUAUAUUUGUGUUGACAGUCCUCAUUAUGGUGGACAACAAUUGUGUUGAUAAGAAAAACAAAGACAAAGUAUUUUUUAUUGCUGAACACUUCUUAUGCAUUUUUUGUUGCUACUGAGCAAACGUAACUCUGCUUUGAGCCACUAAUUGGACAAUUGGACAAUGUAUGCAGAGGACAUGUGUGACCUAAACUGCUUUUAAGUCUGCAGGUAUGUGUCCAUGUUAGAUCUAUGAAAAGGGUCUUCUGUAUGUGCAAAGGGAGGGAUAAAAAAAUUAGUAUAAUCUGAUGCAUGGAUCUGGUUAUGUGAGUCAUAGUGUAUGUAAGGUUUGGGGACAGAGGUUACAGAUGAGUGGGUAUGCUCAGAACAGUAAGAAAUCCUUUAGUACUGUCCUCUGUCCAAAUAGUGAAAAUCUUCAUGAUCAUAUGAGCUAAUUGAAGUGAUGACGAAAAGACAUUGAAAUUGUCUGUGCAGCAUAGUGAUAAACACUGAGCAAUGACAGGAAGAUAAAGGUUAGGUUAUCUUUUGCUUGAAUCAUGAUAAUGUCGUUAUGUAUUGCUUAGCCUUGAAUGACGAUAAAGCCAUUGUAAGUGCUUUUAGAUUUGGAACAAAAUGUUUAUUUAUAUACUGUGUUAUAUUUCUGCCAUUGUCAGGACUUAAUGGACUUACUGUACCGUCUGAGAGAACACAUUCUGCCUGCUCUCACACCAUGUACUGUAUGUAUUUUGAUAUACUGUUUUAUAUUUUAUACAAUUAAAUCUACAGUUGGAUUCUUA